GUGAUCGAUUUAUGCAAAGUGAUCAAGUUGUUUUUUUUUUUCAUCAUGAAGCUGGAAUUUAGUAUCAAUGGGAAACUUUACCACAUAAAUCCUGAACGCAUUGCAAUAGAGACAUCGUUGAACACCUUCAUUCGAAACCACGCCCAGCUCAAAGGAACGAAAUUCAUGUGUUUGGAAGGAGGUUGUGGUUCGUGUAUUGUAAAUGUAACUAGACAGCAUCCAGUGACCAAAGAAAUAACUACAAAUGCAGUUAACUCGUGCCUUAUGCCAAUUUACGCUUGUCACGGAUGUGAUAUUCUCACAGUCGAAGGAAUUGGCAGUAAAAAAGAUGGUUACCAUGCUGUUCAGAAGCGGCUUGCCGAAUUUAAUGGUUCACAAUGUGGAUUCUGUUCCAGUGGUAUGGUGAUGAGUAUGUUUAGUUUGCUAGAAGCAGCUGAAGGUUCGGUGACUAUGCAGGACGUCGAAAGUGCACUCGAUGGAAACAUCUGUCGCUGUACUGGAUAUCGGCCGAUAUUGGAUGCUUUCAAGAGUUUUGCUGUGGACGUUGGUGACAGCAUCAAGAAAGUUUGUCAGGAUAUAGAGGACUUGGGAUCGGGAUCCAGCUGUUCGCGAAGAGCUUGUGAAGGGAUUUGUAGUAAUAACUCUCUUGAAGAUGAUCGAAGGAUGCAGAUGAUUAUUGAUAACGAUGGAAGACAAUGGUAUAAAACAUACCAGAUGGCUGAUAUUUUGAAGAUAUUUCAAAGUAUUGGAAACAAACCAUAUAUGCUAGUAGCGGGGAAUACUGCUCACGGAGUCUACAAGCGCAGUAAUGGCUUGGAAGUUUUCAUUGACAUUAAUUCCGUCAAAGAACUACAUCAUCAUGAGAUAGAAGAACAUCUUAUUGUUGGUGCUAACAUUAGCAUUAAUGAAUUUAUGAAAAUUAUUCAUCGUGCAGUCAAGAAAAAUGUAAAUUUUCAAUACUUAGGAAAACUGAAUGAUCACCUUCAGAAAAUUGCUAAUCAACCCGUAAGAAAUUCUGGAACAUUAGCUGGAAAUCUUAUGAUUAAACAUGAACAUUUGGAGUUCCCUUCAGAUUUAUUUCUACUCCUUGAAACAGUUGGAGCAACGCUGAUUAUAUUGGGUGAUGAUUCUUCAACAACUGUUACACCUCAGCAAUUUCUUCGCUUAGAUAUGACCAAGAAAAUAAUAUCACGCAUUAUAAUUCCACAGUACGAUCCUGCGCUGCAUGCCUUCAGGUCCUUCAAAAUAAUGCCCGUGUCCCAAAAUUCGCGAGCUUAUGUGAAUGCAGGGUUUUUGUUCAAAUUUUCAGAUUCAACUUUGAUCCCCGAAUCUGUUACCAUUUGUUUUGGCGGAAUAAAUCCUGCAUUUGUUCAUGCUUCAAAAACGGAAGCAUUUCUUAUUGGCAAACCAUUGCUGUUAAACGAAACACUCAAGGAAGCAAUACAAAUAUUAACUUCAGAGCUUGAUCCUGAUUAUGUUCUUCCGGACGCAUCACCCAGUUACCGCAGAAACCUUGCGGUGUCGUUGUUCUACAAGUGCAUUUUGGACAUUGCUUUCGAGUAUCAGGGCAAACUUGAUCCAGUAAUGAAAAGUGGCGCAACAACCUUGGAGCGACCUCUUUCUUCGGGAAAGCAAAGUUAUGACACAUACCCAAACAAGUGGCCUCUAACUCAAAAUGUCCCCAAAUUGGAGGGAUUGAUACAGUGCUCUGGAGAGGCAGAAUACAUCAACGACAUACCGAAGAUUCCAAACGAGCUGUUUGCUGCAUUCGUACUAGCUACUGAAAUUAACAGCCGUAUUGUAAAAAUAGAUGCUUCAAACGCUUUGAAAGUGGACGGAGUGAAAGCUUUCUUUUCUGUUAAGGAUAUUCCGGGUAUCAACAAUUUCAUGACCCUUGAAAUAGGAGCUCCUCAAGUAGAAGAAGUUUUAUGUAGUGGUGAAGUAGUUUACCAUGGUCAACCGGUCGGUAUCAUAGUGGCCAAAACAUCCGAACAAGCAUACCGAGCUGCCAACCUUGUUGAAACAUGCUACGAACAAAUGCAGCCGAAACCCGUUUACCCUACUGUUUCAGAUGUCUUUGAAUCUCAAGCAUAUGACCGUGUGUCGAAUCAAGGAUAUGAUCGACACGGGGCGCAGUUUAGUACCUCAACCGAAGGACCCAUUAAAAUUAAUGGGCGUCUGGACCUACAAGGCCAGUAUCACUACACAAUGGAAACACAAACCUGCUUUUGUAUUCCGCUCGAGGAUGGUAUGGAUGUAUACUCAUCGACGCAAUAUCCAGAUUUGGUGCUUUGUGCCGUCUCCCAGGUGUUAAACGUGCCGCAAAAUAGCAUAAACUUGAGUGUGCGUCGCGUAGGAGGUGCAUACGGAGCGAAGUCUACACGUCCUGCACUUAUUGCAUGUGCCUGUGCCGUAGCCGCUAAGCUUACGCAACGCCCUGUUCGUAUGGUUCUUCCAAUGGAAACAAGCAUGUCUGCCCUUGGCAAACGGAUCGGAUGUCUUAGUUUAUACGAAGUUGACGUAGACAGCAACGGAGUCAUCAACAGGUUAGAUAAUACUUAUACUCAUGAUGGAGGAUCCAUUGUCAAUGAAAACAUAUCGUACUUGACCUCUGACAUGUUUAAAAAUUGUUACCGUACUGACAAUUGGAAUCUUGUUGGAAACGUUGCCCGAACAGAUGUUCCGUCUAAUACAUGGUGUCGAUGUCCAGGAACCUCAGAGGGUAUCGCCAUGAUAGAAAAUAUCAUGGAACACAUUGCUCACGUUGUUGGCAAAGACCCUAUGGAAGUGCGAAUGCACAAUAUGCCCAAAGAAAAUCAUAUGUACAAGCUAUUGCCUAAAUUCAGAAAAGAUGUGAGCUUUGAUUCGCGAAAGAAAGCUAUCGAUAAAUUUAAUGAUAAGAAUCGCUGGCGAAAACGAGGGAUUGCCAUCAUUCCUAUGGAAUAUCCCAUGGAGUACUCGGGUACCAAGAAUGCUCUGGUUUCAAUAUACCACAUAGAUGGAUCAGUCGCAAUCACCCAUGGCGCUGUUGAAAUGGGGCAAGGAGUCAACACAAAAGUCGCCCAAGUUGCUGCCAGUAUUCUUGGAAUUUCCCUUAACAAAAUAUCAGUUAAACCUACAACCACAUUAACAUCUCCAAAUAACAAUCCUUCUGUUCACAGUCGAGCCAGUGAAACAGCUGCAUUUGUAAGUUUGUUGCACUUUUUCCAUCAUGUCAAUCCUUUCCUCAAUCUUUUUUUUUUAUCACAGGCAGUGAAACGAUGUUGUGAGAUAUUGCUCAAAAGACUUCAACCGAUUUGGACAUCCAAUCGCUCAGCGACUUGGGAACAAAUCAUAAACACAGCUUUCGUUACAAACGUUGAUCUUACUGCUGAAUACCACUACCAAUCAGAGGAUCUCCAAGGAUAUAUUAUCUGGGGAUGUGCUUGUGCUGAAGUAGAGGUGGAUAUUCUUACCGGAAAUGUACAAGUGCCCCGGGUCGACCUGCUCGAAGAUGUUGGAGAGAGUAUGAGUCCAGGUAUUGACAUCGGGCAACUGGAAGGAUCGUUUAUCAUGGGGUUGGGAUAUUAUCUGACGGAAGCAUUGGUGUACGAUCCUUCGGAUGCAUCACUAGUGAACAACCGUUCAUGGAAUUACAAAGUUCCGGGUGUAAAGGAUAUUCCCAUAGACUUCCGAGUUAGUUUCCUGAAAAACAGCUCUAACCCACACGGAGUGCUACGUUCCAAGGCAGUUGGAGAGCCAUCCUUCAGCAUGACUCCUGUGCUUACCUAUGCGUUGAGAUAUGCGCUACGCUCGGCACGGCGAGAUGCAGGAUUGCCGGACGACUGGAUACCAAUAGGAUCAGGCACUACACCCGAAAAGAUUUUUUCCAUUGCGUUCAAGUCAACUGACCAAUACAAGCUUUACUAAAAAAGAAAGCACGGAGUUCAUAUUGUACAGUUCCCAAAGAAAGAACACGGUUUCCUAAUGUAUGCACACUACCAUUCCAAGUCAAGUUUUGCUUACGAUUAAUUCAAUUUUAAUACUAGCCUGGUACUUGGAAUGGCAGCCCAACA